GUGUUCAAAAAGCAUGGCUGAGUUCACAAUGUUAACAGUGGAGCUGAAUUUGGACCAGGACAGACCCACGAAGACAAACAUGCGGAGUGCAGCCAAGCCCUGGAGCCCAGCCAUCAGAGCAGGGGGCCACGGCCCAGACCGGGCACGGCCUCUGCCUGCAGCCUCUUCCGGCAUGAAGAAUUCUAAGUCUUCAACUUCCUUGGCUUUUGAGUCCCGACUCAGCAGGGGGCCUUUACAACAACCAAACGGACAGGCAUUCCAGCGCCACGGGAAUUUUCAGUAACCGUCUCAAGAGAGAGGUCUGUGCCACGUGGUCCCUCGAACCCCAGGAAAUCAGUGUCCAGUCCAACUUCUUCCAACACUCCCACUCCUACCAAACACCUGAGGACCCCUUCCACCAAGCCCAAGCAAGAGAAUGAAGGUGGAGAAAAGGCUGCGCUUGAGUCCCAAGUUCGGGAACUUUUGGCAGAAGCCAAAGCAAAAGAUAGUGAAAUUAACAGGCUUCGAAGUGAACUAAAGAAAUGCAAAGAGAAAAGGACUCUGAGUGCUGAGGGGACUGAUGCUUUGGGCCCAAAUGUUGAUGGAACAUCAGUCUCCCCAGGUGACACAGAACCUGUGAUAAGAGCACUUGAGGAGAAGAACAAGAACUUUCAGAAAGAGCUUUCCAAUCUAGAGGAAGAAAACCGGGCCCUGAAGGAGAAACUGAUCUAUCUUGAGCACUCCCCAGAUUCAGAAGGGGCAGCAAGUCACACUGGCGACAGCAGCUGCCCGACAUCCAUAACUCAAGAGUCAAGCUUCGGAAGCCCAGCUGGAAAUCAGUUGUCCAGUGACAUUGAUGAGUAUAAAAAAAACAUACAUGGAAAUGCAUUACAGACAUCAGGCUCCUCAAGUAGCGAUGUUACCAAAGCUUCUUUGUCGCCAGAUGCUUCUGACUUUGAGCACAUUACAGCAGAGACACCCUCAAGGCCCCUGUCCUCCACCAGUAACCCCUUUAAGAGUUCAAAGUGUUCUCCCGCUGGGAGUUCCCCAAACAACGUAAGUGAAUUGUCCCUGGCUUCCCUCACAGAGAAGAUACAAAAGAUGGAAGAAAACCAUCAUAGCACUGCAGAAGAACUACAGGCUACUCUACAAGAAUUAUCAGACCAGCAACAAAUGGUGCAAGAAUUGACAGCUGAAAAUGAGAAGCUGGUGGAUGAAAAGACGAUUUUAGAGACAUCCUUUCAUCAGCAUCGAGAGAGGGCAGAGCAGCUAAGUCAAGAAAAUGAGAAGCUGAUGAAUCUUUUACAAGAGCGAGUAAAGAAUGAAGAGCCCACCACUCAGGAAGGAAAAAUCCUUGAACUGGAGCAGAAGUGCACAGGUAUUCUUGAACAGGGCCGCUUUGAAAGAGAGAAGCUGCUCAACAUUCAACAGCAGUUGACCUGUAGCUUGCGGAAGGUUGAGGAAGAAAACCAAGGAGCUUUAGAAAUGAUUAAACGUCUGAAGGAAGAAAAUGAAAAACUGAAUGAAUUUCUAGAACUGGAACGGCAUAAUAAUAACAUGAUGGCCAAAACUUUGGAAGAGUGUAGAGUUACCUUGGAAGGGCUAAAAACUGAGAAUGGAUCUUUGAAGUCUCAUUUGCAGGGUGAGAAGCAGAAAGCCAUAGAGGCCAGUGCCGUGGAGCAGACGGCAGAGAGCUGCGAAGUUCAAGAAAUGUUGAAAGUAGCCCGAGCGGAGAAAGAUCUACUGGAACUGUCUUGCAGUGAGCUCAGACAAGAAUUACUAAAGGCAAACGGUGAAAUUAAACAUGUUUCCAGUCUGCUGGCAAAGGUGGAAAAGGAUUAUUCAUACCUGAAGGAGAUAUGUGAUCACCAAGCCGAACAGCUGAGCAGAGCCAGCCUAAAGCUGCAAGAAAAAGCAUCAGAGAGUGAUGCAGAGAUCAAAGACAUGAAAGAAACCAUAUUUGAAUUGGAAGAUCAGGUGGAACAGCACCGGGCUGUCAAGUUACACAAUAAUCAACUCAUCAGUGAGCUAGAAAGUAAUGUGAUCAAGCUGGAGGAACAGAAGUCAGACCUGGAGAGGCAGCUAAAGACUCUGACCAAGCAGAUGAAGGAGGAUAACGAGGAAUGGAGGCGGUUCCAGGCGGAUCUGCAGACUGCGGUGGUGGUGGCCAAUGACAUCAAGUGUGAGGCCCAGCAGGAGCUGCGCACCGUGAAGAGGAAACUGCUGGAGGAGGAGGAGAAGAAUGCCCGGUUGCAGAAGGAGCUGGGGGAUGUGCAGGGCCACGGCAGGGUGGUCACCAGCAGAGCCACCCCUCCACCUGUGGAUGAAGAGCCAGAGUCCCCUGAGGUCGAUGCUGCUGGUCGGUGGCCUGGUGUCUGUGUUAGCAGAACAUCUCCAACACCCCCGGAGUCGGCAACCACCGUUAAGUCACUUAUCAAGUCAUUUGACUUGGGACGCCCAGGUGGAACUGGACAGAAUAUUUCUGUCCAUAAGACCCCCAGAAGUCCCCUAAGUGGGAUACCAGUGAGGACUGCUCCAGCAGCUGCUGUCUCUCCAAUGCAGAGGCAUUCGACUUACAGCAGUGUGCGGCCAGCCAGCAGAGGGGUGACUCAACGCUUGGACCUUCCCGACCUUCCCCUCUCAGAUAUUCUAAAAGGAAGAACUGAGACCCUGAAGCCAGACCCCCACCUCCGCAAGAGUCCCUCACUGGAGUCACUGAGUAGACCCCCGUCUCUGGGUUUUGGGGACACGAGACUGCUGAGUGCUUCCACCAGGUCAUGGAAACCACAAAGCAAACUCAGUGUGGAAAGAAAAGACCCUCUGGCAGCCUUGGCCCGGGAAUAUGGUGGUUCCAAGCGCAAUGCGCUACUGAAAUGGUGCCAGAAGAAGACACAAGGCUAUGCGAACAUUGACAUCACCAAUUUCAGCAGCAGCUGGAGCGAUGGCCUGGCCUUCUGUGCUCUGCUCCACACCUACCUGCCUGCCCACAUCCCCUACCAGGAGCUGAACAGUCAGGAGAAAAAGAGGAAUCUUUUGUUGGCAUUUGAAGCAGCUGAAAGUGUAGGCAUCAAACCCAGCCUGGAACUCAGCGAGAUGCUGUACACGGACCGGCCCGACUGGCAGAGCGUGAUGCAGUACGUGGCCCAAAUCUACAAGUACUUUGAGACGUAACCAUGGAGGGCCUGGAGCAGCCACCACUGCCACCUGCUGCAGCUUGUCCUGGAAGCACCUGAUCACUGUCCACUGACCCUGCUCUGCCCACCACCCAGCUGCCUAGACUUCAGAGGCAGGCUCAAUCCAAGUGGACCAACACCCAAAUAAGAAAGAGUGGGUCCCACUGUGUACCUGUCUCAAAUGCAGACUCAGCUGGACUGUAAAUUGGGGACUCUUUGAUCUCCCAUGGGAUGCUUCUAAAGAGCCCAGCCUCCCUCCUUCCAGACCAAAACCCCACACCCAGGCUUGUUUUGCUGAUUACAUUGGGUGACUGAACACAUCAUCUUCACAAUUUCAGACAAAGAGCAUCUCCAAAUCAGUCUUUUGGUUGCUGUUGUUAAAAAUAUCCUGGCUUUGCCUUUAUGAAACCUUUGCCCUUGGCUGGGUGUGGUAGCUUGUGGCUGUAAUCCCAGCACUUUAGGAAGCCAAGGCAGCAGAAUCAUUUGAGCCCAGGAGUCCAAGGCUGCAGUGAGCUGUGAGCAUACCCCUGCACUCCAGCCUGUGUGAAAGAGCCAGACCCUGUCCCAAAAAAACAAUAAACAAAAACCAAAACUUGGCUCUUGUGAACCCUCCCUUCCCCCCUCCCCCCAAAGAAAGAAAACAACAAAACACAAAAACUAAACGUUUGUUCCCGGGCAAUGUGGAAACGUG